AUGGUUACCCAUGACAGUGAAGAAGACACGCAACCAAUCAUCCGCGAGGCUAUGGUCUACGAGAUCCUCGGCGCUCAUCCGCGGAUUGCCGAAUGGCUCUCCAGAGGCAGAUCCGACUUCGUCGACAUUAAGUACUACCCGCGUGGCGACCUUGCGAGUUAUAGCCAGAGAAAUACCAUCACCGCCGAACUCCAGUCAAAGUGGUUCCAGCAGAUCCUAGAAGCUGUCGUUGCUAGCCACAGCCAUGGCGUCAUCCACUCCGAUCUCGCCCUGCGCCAGUUCUUCGUGGACGACGCAUUAAACGUACGACUGGGCGACUUCAACUCUUCUCAGUGCCCGGGCCACCCAGCACUAGGCUACGAGAAAGCCUCACACUGCCUGCCCCGGGAUUACGACCUUCCCAACACUGAAGCCUCCGAUGUCUUUGCGUUGGGCUCGACGCUCUACGAGCUCGUUGCUGGACACGCACCCUAUAGCGAACUUGCGGGGCCGCGUUCCGAUGAUCCCGAUGUGAUCAAGGCGCAGAUCAGACGGCAGCACGUUGUAGACCGUGAGAUUGAGUCUCGGUAUAGGAACCAAGUCUUCCCGGAUGUCUCUGGGUUGUUUGGCGGAGGAAUCAUAUUGGGUUGCUGGAGAGGCGAGUUUCAGAACGCGAAAGAGGCGCUUGAUCGGUAUGUAGAUGGGCUGUAG